AUGCUGCAGCCGCAGAAUCCCUGGGAGACAGGAGAGCUGGCAGGCCUGAUGGGCCUCGCCAAGGACGAGGGCGAGGUGGUCAGCACCUGGUCCGUAGGAGUGGGCUUCGACCACCAAAUGGCUCCCGUCCUGCGCGGCAAGGUGGAGCCACGGCGCUACCGGAAGACGAUAACCGAGUUGAAUCGCAUAACGCGAAAGGAGAACGUGUACAACUACGUCUUCACGCUGCUGCUGCUCAUCUUUGUCGUGCUCCCCAUCGGCUACUACUUCUUCUUUGCCGACAUCAUGCGCGGUUCGUCGGGCAAGGAGAUCAUCGUGCUGCACGACACGGCGCUCAUGGGCCUCACCUACAUCAUUCUCGCGUGCGACGUACCGGCCCUGCUCUACGUGGCCUAUCUGGGCUACCGGCGCGAGCAGAACGAGAUCCACUCGCUGUCGCACUUCCUCCUCAUCAUCCUCUCCUUUGGCAACACGAUCGCCUAUCCGUUCGCGCUCGAGUUCAUCCACGCCGAGAACCUCUCCAUCCUGUUCCUCCUCUACCCGCUCAUCUUCCCCUUCCUCAGCCUCAUCUCCAUUUUCAUCAACAGACGCCUACCCGAGCUGCUGGGAGAGGCGAACGAGUUUAUUGAGAAGGAGAACCUGGAGUACUACCACGGCAGGGGCGUCACGCUGCGGCUGAGACCGGAGGUGGGCGACCGCGUGCACAUGGUGGUCAACAUCUCCACGGGCUACAACAGCACCGAGGACACCGACAGACCCCCGGCCGCCGACGCCGACGGCCAUGAACAGGCCUACAAGGAGGUGUAG